CAUUCUCUCCUUUUGUUUUUUACUGCAGCUUUUUCAUGUAUUUGAAGUUAAAUAAAUCUGGGGUUUUCUUAUAACCAAUUAUAAUGGACUAGAUCUGGUUAAAGCUAGAAAAUACAACAGAUGGAAAGGGUUUAUGUGGGGGGUUUUAAAAUCAGCUUUUUAACUUUUGAGUCAUAAUUUAGUGGUUGAAUGUUUAUGUAAGCUUUUUUCCCCUAAUAAACUUUUUUGAGUCUUGUCUUUUUGUAUUUUGAGUACUGACUAAAGGAAGAUUCCCCUGGAGCUGAAAUGUUUUUGGUGAUGGAGCAAUUUAUUUGUGAAUAUUACUUUUUGCACUUUAUUGCUGUAUUUAAUUGGAUACUAUUUGCACUUUUAGGUAGUGCAUAGAAUUGGAUAGUUGUUGGUUUCUAAGCUAGUGAAUGAGCUUGAAUUACAUGGUUGUUGUAAUUUGGUUUUAUCAUUCUCUCAGCACUGCUAUAAUUUAGCUUUUCUUUUGAAGUCUAUCCUUUUUCUUUUGCCUUCUGUCUUAAUCUCUGGAUAUUGAUUAGUUUCCGGGUUAAGGCUGCUCGGUUAAUAUGAGCCCUUUACUCCUUGUUUGGUUUCAUGUAUUUCUGUGCUUCCAUGGAGGUGGAUGGUUGUUUUCCUUUUCGACUAAUUUAGUUAAACAAAAAUCAUGACAUGGUGGUUUCCAACUUUCAAUUGAUCAUAUGAUCUGCUUUGCCUUGAUAAUGAGCAAGUGCCCUUCUAUUCAACAAUAGGCUACAAGAGUGACUUAGAGACUUAUUCAUACUCGGUUGACAUAGAACCUUUUGAGAACAAAGCGAACCUUUUGAGAACAAAGAAAAGCCUCUGGAUUUGGUUGGACUAAAAGCCGAAGGAAAAUCAGAACGGAGUCUUGCUUGAGUGUAAAUGACUUUUCCUUUGGUAACGAAAUGGAGGUCACAGAUUUCGUGAGAUCAAACUCUCAUUUCUCAAAGAAUAUGGAUUCAAUUCAGGACUCGGUUUUUUAUUUGGAUAGAAGUGUGAUGGAGUGUAAUUUGCCUGAAUUGGUAGUUUGUUAUAAAGAGAGUACAUAUCAUGUUGUCAAGGAUAUCUGUAUUGAUGAUGGAGUCUUGACAAAGGACAAGUUUUUGUUCGACAGUGGUGCGAAUGAGAAGUUUUUGCCUUCCAAAACGGAUCUAGAAGCUCAACUAGUGAAAGAAAACUUGAAAGCCCAUCCUGAAGGAAAUCAAUCUGGCAAGGAUAUUGACGAUGAAUGCGGCAUGAAGAAAAAACUUGAUGCUGAUACAUGUAUACAAGAUGUUUCCUUACUAGAAGAAAGUGAGUCUAACAAGGGAAUUCCAUGUCAGUGUGAUUCUAAGGAUUUGAUUUUAUCAAGGGAAAUGAAGGAAGAUGCAGUGAAAAUGAUUACAGAAGACGUCUCCAAAGAGUUGUAUACCCUUGGACUUGGCGAGUUACUUUUGAUGUCAGAAAUGAGCACAGUGAAAGCUGAAAUUGUGUGUUCCGAUUGCAGAAGUGAUGGAACCCAACAACAGAAUUUUCAGAACUCGAGCGAAAAGGAAGUGACGGUGAUGCCUGCUUUGGUUUCUCCAGUUGAGGAAUCAAACAAUGGGAAUGAGGAGGCAAUUCUCUCAGCUCCUGCUUUGGUUUCUGCAGCUGAAGGAUCCGAGCAUGGGAAAUGGGAAGCUACCUUGAUCAGUCCUGUUCUGGCCUCCGCUUCUGAGGAAUCAACCGGCAGCAGAAUUGUCGAUGAGGUAUCUGAUUCCUCUGCACGAACAAGCAGCAAAGAUCGUUGUUGCCACAAUCUUGAUCUUGAACCUCUUGCAAGUGGAAGUACGCCCAAGCUGGAAGAUCCAGCUGAUCAGCUUUUGUCGAGCAAUCUUCAGCGCGGCUAUGGAGAGUGUAGUUUCUCUGCUGCAGGUCUAAUAACUUACUCUGGGCCAAUAGCAUAUUCAGGCAGUCUCUCUCAUAGAUCAGAUAGCAGCACAACAAGCACUCGUUCUUUUGCCUUCCCUAUAUUGCAAUCUGAAUGGAAUAGCAGCCCGGUAAGAAUGGCAAAAGCUGAGGGGAGACAUUACAGGAAGCACCGAGGUUGGAGACAGGGCCUCCUUUGCUGUAGAUUCUGAAUACUUCUCUAUUCAAUCCAUAGGUUAUAUAAAUAUAUUAUUUUGUGCUUAUCAAAAUUAUAUUUUGGGGGGGGGGGGGUUGAUCUCAUGCAUGUAAAUUGAGCUGUAAGCAAUGUCUUAUCAUUUUCAUAUACCAUUGGAGCAUUUGGUUUUGGUUUUUUCAAUUUGUUCAUAGUAUCAUCUUAUAUCAUCAGAUAAAGAGUGUUGAUUGUUCGUAUUA